AUGACAUGCAGGGAAGCAUGGUUCGAACAAGUUCUCGAUCACUUCUCUUGGCGCAAUGACAGCAGGUGGCAACAGAGAUACUACGUGUGCCAGGAGACAGAACAGCAGCUCGCCAACCCCGCCGCCACCAUCUUCUUCUACUGCGGGAAUGAGGGAAACGUCGAGAUGUACAUCAGAAACACCGGGCUCAUGUUCGAAAACGCCAAGUCAUUCUCUGCCAUGCUCAUCUUCGCUGAGCACAGAUAUUACGGCAAGAGCUUGCCGUUCGGCAACGACUUCAGUGCUGCAAGCUUGCGGUACCUAAGCCAUGAGCAAGCGCUCGCCGACUAUGCCGUCCUCCUCGAUGACUUCAAGCGCAAGCACAAGAUGGUUCGGGCGAAAGUGAUCGCUUUCGGGGGAAGUUACGGGGGCAUGCUGAGCGCGUGGUUCAGAAUGAAGUACCCGCACAUAGUCGAGGGGGCAGUAGCAGCGUCAGCGCCCGUCCUCUCCUUCCACUCCAGCGAUAAAGGGCCAUGGAGGAGCGAGAAGUACUGGGAGAUCGUGACCAGAGACGCGUCAGGAGCAGCAGGAAGUGACGAGAGGUGCGUUCCCCUCGUCAGACAGUCUUGGCCCAUCAUCGAUUCCAUGGGAGCAUCUGAGAGCGGCCGGGAGUCUCUUGCUGCUCUCUUCCGGUUGUGUGAGCCGUUGGCGUCUCCCGGGGAAGUGAACGACCUCAAGCUCUUCAUCGCCAUGGCGUUCGACACCAUGGCGAUGGGCAACUAUCCCUUCCCCUCGGACUACUUGACCGGGGGCAUCGGGAAACUCCCGCCAUGGCCAGUGCGCGAGGCUUGCAAGCUUCUCUCCUCCUGCGGCGACUGCAAGGCAGAAAACUUGCUGGACUCUUUGUGCUCAGCGAUCUCGCUGCUCUACAACGCCAGCGGGGAUCAAGCUUGCCUGCAUCUGCCGGAGGACUCUUCGUAUGCCGGCAUCUGGGACUUCCAGUGGUGUACGGAGAUGCUGCCACAGGAGACGUACUUCAAGCGGGACGGGAAACGCGACAUGUUCUUUCCCUUCUCUAUCAGCUCCAAGGAGAUAGACCAGCACUGCAAGUCUAAGUAUGGUGUCAUCCCUCGGAGAGGAUGGAUUGAACAGCUCUAUGGAGGACUGGAGGGAAUCAAGAGAGCGUCCAACAUCAUCUUCAGCAACGGCGAGUUCGACCCGUGGGCGGCUGGCGGCGUCAACGUCUCGGAGGUGAAGGAUGCGGCGGCUCGUGGGGUUGAAGCUGUGUGGAUAGAGGAGGGGGCCCAUCAUUUGGACCUCUUCUUCAGCCACCCGGCAGACCCUCCAUCAGUCAAGAAGGCAAGGCAGAUGGAGGUAGCUUGCAUCAGCAAGUGGCUGCACUGGAAGGAGCCCAAGGAGCCGAGCAAGCAGAGGAUGGGAGCCGUGCCUAUCAGCCAGGACGACUAG